AUCUACUGUCACCUGUCACUGUCACUCAUCCACGAAAAUGCUCCGUUUCGCAGACACGACACAAAAUUUCAAUUGGCUGCCAACUGUCUGAGAGUCGUUACGUCUGCACUCAACUGAUAUCCCAUUGGAAUAGAGUGGACAACGUAAGAUCAACGCAGUCUGGAAUUCCCAAAGUUCCGAAGUUCGUGAAAGGAGAUCCAUACGAACAGAGGACAGAAGACAUAUUUUUAGUCCUCUAAAACUGAGGGACAGUUUUUGUAAUAGGGUGUUGUCCUUUUCCACGAGGGGGCGAUGUCCGACCACAGUACCGGCAGUAGUGGGUCCUCUACCAACAGCUGGACCAUCCUUUCCCCAGAGGAGGCUGCUGUUGAAACAGUAGGGCCUGAUGAUGGCACUGAAAGUCUCUGUGGAGUUCCAGGGCUUCCCGAGGAAGGAACAGGUGUUCAUCUGGACAGUGACGUGAGUGGGCCUGAUACUCCAGUAGAAGCAGUGUUGUCAGAGGAGGGCCAACAGGUAUGCCAGGAGACCUCCCCAGAGGUGUGUGAGGGCGCGGCCUUCGCCGGCCCCUCCUUCUCGGGUUUUGAGGAAGGCGAGUUUGACCCAGACAUCCACGCUCCCGUCAUCCACGACACCAUCACCAGCUCGCCGCCCGACAGUGACCUGUUGGGCUCCACCCCUUUCGCCAUCUCCUCGGAAGCAGCCAUGCUCUUCUCCGAGGAGCCCGCCUUCGCUCCGCCUGCCUCUGACAUGUUUACCGACGUCGGUUACGGCCGUGAAAUCUCCGCUGAAGAUCUCCUCUUCCAGGAGAGCUGCACCCCUGAGGUCCUGUCAAAGGAAACAAGCCCCGUCCCCGAGGUGACCCCUGAGGUGACCCCUGAGCUACGCCACAGCCCCGAGCCCCUCUCUCAACACAGCCCCGCCCCUGAAGGUCUUCCAGAAGAAAGCCCUGCUGCCCACGAAGCUGUCACUGCGGAAGCCCCCAUUCUUGAAUCCCGGGCCCCGGAGAGCUCUGCCCCCGAGGUGCCUCCUGAAAGUGCCCCAGUUGCCUCCGCUUCCUCAACUGCCCCAGCCCCUGAGGUCCUCCUUACCCGGGAAAGCCCCGUCACUGAACCACAGACUGAGAGAAGCCCCACUCCAGAGGCUGUGCCUGCGGAGGUGACCCAUGAUUUGAGCUCUUCUGCCCCAGAGGCCCCUCGUCCUGCCCCUGCCCCUGCCCCAGUGGAGACCCUGGCUCCUGAGGGAGUUGAGGACCUGAGUCUGUCCAUGCAGGGUCACCCCGUCUCCAGCUUCACCCCCACACCUGAGGCCAGUCCUGCGGAGGGAGGCCUUGGUCCUGUUGGCAUGGAGCCGGAAACCAUCAGCUCCAUCUCAGCCCAGCCUCAGGAAGAGGAGGAGGAGGAGUAUGGAGAGGAACCAGCCUUGGAGGAGGAUGCUGACGUGAUAGAGCAGCAGAAUGUGGAACCAGUGGAAGCAGUGCCCAUUGAGGAGGUGGUCAGGGCCGAGCCCGGGGCUGAGGGGGACGGCCUUCGCCAGAGGCACGCGUCGCCGCCGGAGCCAGCGCCAGCGCUGGGCCGAAGCUCGGAGGACGAAGAGGAGGAAGAAGAGGAGUUCCAGCUGGCCGAGAGGCGAGAGGAGAAGCACGGCUUCGCCCUCAACAAGCUGAUCGUGGGCGCGCUGGUCCUCCUGUGCCUGGGCUCGCUCUUCCUGUCAGAUGAUGGCUAUGAUGGCUCAGAAAUGACUGAACAGGAACUCUUGGAAAGACUUGCUCAAGAAAACCAACAGAUUGCCAUGCUAGAAUCUCAGCUCCAGUCCCAGAAGGAAGCGCUGAACCAGGCUCUUCGAGCGGCCGCUCAACCGGGGGAGGAAGGUGGCGGAGCGCUGCAGAAAGAGAACGUCAAGAUGAAAGAGGAACUAGCCGCCAUGCCUGGCCUGAGGGAGGAGCUGGAGAGUCUCCGAGCCCGAGUGGCCGAACUGUCCCAGCUAACCGUUCGGGAAUCAGAAACCGAGCCUACAGACACAGUCACGCCGCCAGCCGACCAGCUCGAGACGACCAAUCAAAUCCCUGCUGUUCCAGAGCAGAUGGAGGGGGCGGAGCAGGAAGAGGGCGGUGAGGAUGGGUUGAAGGCGGAGCUUCAGAGGCAGAAGAGCCUAUUGGAGGACAGCCGCAAGCGUCUGGAGGGGAUGAAGAGGUCCGUGGGGAAGAAGAAGGGCGUGCGGGAGGGGCUGGUGGAGAUGCAGAAGAGGCUGAGCGAGCAGGCCGAGCGUCUGGACAAGAGGCACGACUGGAAGAGGAAGCAGCAGCAGCGGACGGAGGCCGACGCCAAAAAGGACCAGAACAGGAAGUGGAUGGGGAAGAAGGAGCAAGGGAACCAAUGGGGGGCCAAGAAGGAGAGAGACGAGAAACGGGAGGACAAGAGUGAUAAGCACAAGAGCCAAUGGGAGAGCAAGAAGAACGGCAGAAAAGAAGAUGGUGGCAAGUGGGAGGGAAAGAAGGACCAUGGGAAACCAAAGCACCACGAGGAGUCUGAGAAAUGGAGAGGAGGAGAGAAGGAGCGGAAGAACGGGAAGAACGGAAAAGACGGAGGGAAGACCGAGUCCAAGCAGGACGCCUGGAGGAAGUACCACGAGGACUGGGACGGCCGGAAACACGAACGCAGGGUGGAGCGCGAGAAGAGGAAGAGCGAGCGGCCGUGGGAGGCCAAGAAGGACUCCGGCCACAACCACCACCACCACCAGGGGGCGCACAGCCACGAGAAACCCAGCGAGCACAAGCACGAGCACAAGCACAAGCACGAGAGCGUCGACUUCUGGAAGCACCAGGAGCAGAAGCUCCGGCGGAACCCCGGUCCGGGCCGCGCGUGCUCGGGGGCGGCCGCGUGCGCCGAGGCCGAGGGCCUGGUGGCCGUGGAGCUCGCGGAGUUCCAGGCGCUGCUGGAGAGCUACCUGAGCAAGCUGCCGCCGCCGUCGUCCACCGGCGAGAGCAAGGAGGCGCUCCUGGAGCUGACCACCGGGUUCUUCUCGCCCGGCGACGGCGUGUUCGACCACGAGCGCCUGCUCUUCAGCGACUUCGCCGAGGACGUGGCGGACAUCCUGGAGGACCUGGCCGACGUGCUGGACGACUCCCUCGAGGAGGAGAUGGAGGAGUUUGAGAGGGAGGCGUUGUGGAAGUUUGCUGCCACUGCCGCUUAGGCCUGCUCUCCUCACGCCCCCUUUGGACAUGAGAAGAAGAACAAGGUGAUGGGGUGGGAUAAAAAAAAAAAAAAAGAGGUAGCAUAAAAAGGAUAGAAAAAAGAAAUGGAUGAAAAAAAAACAACAACAAAAAGGUUGCAGUGAUUCUUCAACCUUCACGAAGCCUACAUACAGACGUAGACGUGUGCAUCUCGUGCACAGAUUGUUUCUCGGAAGUCUUUAAAAAAAAUACCUUCUUAAAGUUGUACCUGUUUGUGGGGUUCGCAGUCAUUACCUACCUCCCGUGCGUACUGUCUCUUCAGAGUCCCGACCCCCUCUCGUCUCGUCCACAGUUGGCCACAGUAGUGAUGAGUCUGCGUCUGUGCGAUUCUGUGCCGAGUGGGCGCCACGCCGCUCGAGAAGAUGAAUGUUGACCCUCGUCCGUCAAAAAGAAGCUGAUUGGUGGUCUGACGAUUCCUAGCGGUAAACAGACACUGUGUAUUAGGGUGUUCAUCAGGGCUUGGUGGAGCUGCUCAGCCGCCUCUGGGUUUAAAUGUGAAAGGGAAGCUAGCGCUAGUCUUAAACUGCUAGCCAGUGGCAAAUUCUCUCUUGACCGUGUUCCAAUUAGCAUACUUCUGUACUUACAAGUUAGGUAUUGUAAGUACAGAAGUAUGCGAAUUGGAGCACAGCCUCUGUCUUCACUGUGAGGAUUCAGAGGUCUAGUGGGAGAUUGAGCAUGCUUUCGACGAUGUCUGUCUAUGGAAUAGAGAACAGAAAAAUCAUAUGGACCAGUGAAUAUAAUCCCAGUGACUGUGAAACUCCCCAUAAGGUGAUUUCCGUUUGCUUUGCUGUUUGUUUGUUAAUUUGCUUCGAGCUCAUAGUGCAGGUUAGCCUUUGGGUAAGUUUCACCCCAGGAUAGGUUAACAGGUACAUCACUAUGAAUGUAAUUUAUUUGUAGAGUUUAGUGAAAGCCAUUUUUUCCUGUGUCUUAUAAAAUGGUUUCUUGUUGCUACAGAGGAAAAAAAAAAGUCUAUAAGCUUUGGUAUAGACGUACACCACUGACGAUUUGUAAAACAGAACGGUACUUCGCUUGUCAUAGCAUUGUGAUGGAUUACUUUGUUUGAAAAGGUAAAGUUCUCUUGUGGGUUGCAGUUUGUCAUUAUGUCUAGUUUGCCUCUUCCAUUACUUUUUCAUUUUAGGAAUGUUGGGAUAUGUAGCCAUAUUUCAAUAUUCAAUGUGUUUACUGGACUUUGUUUGGACAAUUUGUGAUGGUGAGAUUUCGGUCUUCAGCAGUAAAUGUGCCUUGGUUGAUUGAGGGGACAGCAUGGAUGUUCUAACAAAGAAAACAAAAUACUGUUUACAUGUUUAUAGUGACACAAAGGCCAUAAUGAAUUUGAGAAGCCUGAAUUGACUCAGCAGCAGCUGCUGUGUGUUCCCAAGUAGUAGCUCUGAUAGUCUAGCCAUAUUGGGUGGAAAUGUCAACCCAAUAAAGUUUCAAAAGAAAACACACUUAAAUGAAAAAUGAACUCCGCUCUUAUUUUUGUUGAAUGUUUAUGGAAGGGUUACACAUGAUGUUGAAUGUGUCAGUAUUUUUGUAAAUAUCGGGAAAAGUCCUUUUUUCUUUUUUUAAUAGCCUGACCACAAUGCAUUAAAGUCAAUGGAAUGGAAAUAUGGUUAAUACAGAAAUACAAUGGAGAACCACAAAAUAAGACAUUGCUCAGUUUGUUUAUUUAUUAAUAUGAAUAAAAAUGUAAUGAUGA